ACAAAAAAAUAAAAACUGUUAAAUUUGUGAAGAGCCAACAAUUUGAGGAAAUGCAGCACGCUUGCUGAACUGAAAGGUUAUCAAUCAAAGCAAUCAACCAAUCCAUCACUCUACACCAUGGAUGGCUCACCGAUGACGCUGACUUUCACCAGCUUGGGAUUGCUGUUGGUUCUGCUGUUGAUGUGCCUCCUGGUGGCAUGCCACUGUUUAGGGCCACGUGCCGCAAGUUGGAUGCGCAUGCGCUCGCGCUCCAGCAAGGAGGAGAAGAUCGGACUGUCCAAGCACAAGCAUAAGCUCUUCCAUCCCAAUGGCUACAUGGCCAGCAUCCAAUCCGGUUCGGAGUUUCUGCUAAGCACCAGCGGCAGCUUCAAGCGCUUCGACACCAUUGACAAGGAGGACUACAAUCGCUCGCAGCAGCAGCAACAGUUGCUGCAAUUGCAGCACCACCAACAACAUCCACAUCAUCAGCAACAGCAACCACAGCAGGCACAGAUGCAACAGCAGCAGCAGCUGAUUGGAAAUGGCGGCGAGACGAGCACGACACCGUUGUGGAAUCUGCCACAAGCGGAUGUCAGCAUUCCCCCUCAGCCGCUGCGUCCGGCGCCGGCACCAAACAGCGCUGGGCCAAGCAGCAAGACUGUGACGUUCUCCUUUAGCCAAAUCAAUGAGCUCAGCUCGCCGACAUCAACAGCAACAGCGGCGGAGACGCAGCCGCGUUCGUGUUUGCGUGGCACAGUGCCACAAGCAUUGGAGGCGCCACCGCCGCCCCGAUUAACGACAUCCGCAUCGGUGACGCUGUCGGCAACCGCAAUACCGCGUCCGAUUGCCAAGCGGCAGAUAUCGCUGCAGCAGGGCAUCAACAGCACAACAUCCCAACUUCAAUCGAAGCCGGAGUCCCAAACGGAACCGGAGCGACGUGCGCCAGCGUUGAAGCGUCGCAACUCGAGCACAAAUCCCUUUCUCUGCGAGUCGACGGAGCAACCAACUCCGUCGCCUCCUCCCCACCCCGCUGUUGCCGCACCCCCCCACAACGGCAAUCCGUUUGUGCAUGGCCAGAGUCUGUCCAGUCGGCUGCUGAAGCUACACAACACCAACAAUCCGUUCUCGGGUCUCACACAACGUGUCAAGGGACCUCACAUGCUGCAGAAGACCAUCUCGGAGGAUUAUCUAUUCCGCAAACUGGGCGCCAAUGGACACGCCAAUCUGACCAAUGGCAAUGCGAACAACUCAAACUCAACAAAUGGCAAUUCCACGUGGUGCUUUGGUCGCUCUCUCAUGCGUCAGGAUUCGAGCAUCAGUUUGGGUCUGGGUCGACGGAAUAGUUCGCAAAUGUCGCUGGAUGGUUCGAUGGAUGGCAUUCACUUGGAGCACGGCAUCUCGUGUGAUUCGGUCAACUCGGAUGCCUCGUCGCUGUGCCUCGAUCAGCUCGAUCAGCCGUACACACAGAUCACAGGGUAUCUGUGCGUCGGUUUGCAGUUUGAAAAACACAACAGCCACAGCGAGGAGCAGCUGGAUCUGACGGUCAGUGUGCUGGAGGCCAAGGAUCUCAUCUAUCCGCUCAGCAUGGGCAUCGACUCGCUGGACACCUUUGUGCGCAUCUAUUUGGUGCCCGAUCACGCCGGUGGCAUGCAGACCAAGGUGGUACAAUCGUCACUGACUCCGGCGUACAAUGAGACCUUCAACUUCCGGCUGAAGCGACAGCACGGUCGACACUCGCUGUGGUUCCAUCUCUAUCACAACGGACCCGCUCACACGCUGAUCGGCGAGGCGGAGAUGGAGAUUGGCGAGAUGGUUCGUCCGGUUACCACAUGGAUUCCCCUCUCCGAUUCACGCAAGUGCAACGCUCGCUGGGGCGAGCUGAUGUUCUCUCUAAGCUAUCUGCCCACAGCUGAGCGUCUGACAAUUGUGGUGGUCAAGGCACGUAAUCUGAAACUGCAGCCCGACAACGACACAGCGGACGGAGAAGCGGAGCAACCGCCCAACAAGACGCACUCACCCAAUGCGGGUGCACUCCAGCAUGUCUUUGUCAAGGUCUAUCUGAUGAACAACGACAAGAAGGUGCUGAAGAAGCGCACCUCGCUGAAGCGCCAAGAUCGCUCGCCCACGUUCAACGAGUCGAUGAUCUUCAGUCUGCCGCCUCAAGGUCUGACCACAGUGCAACUGCGUCUCACGGUCUUUGGGGUCACGGAGGCCGGCACCUUGCCCUUGGGUCAUGUCAUCGCCGGCAGUUGUGCGGUGGGCAAGGGACUGCGUCACUGGCAUCAGAUGCUCUCCUCGCUGCGCAAACCGGUUGCCAUGUGGCAUGUCCUGCGGCGAGCUGUCAAUCAACCAGUCUUCGUUGGCGGCGCUGAGGCUGUGGUGGCUGCCAUGCAGAGCACUUUGCAGCGAGCGAGUGCCAAGCGUAACAGCAUUGUUUAGAUGAAAUGUUAUCGAUAACGAUAUGUCGAUAUUAUCGAUGUAUAGCAAUCGACUGUCCACUAUCG